UAUUUUGCCUCACAACCCCUUACCCUCCACCAUGAAUAGCUUUUAGAAAAUGCAUUACAGGCCAAAAGCUUAUCUGAAAACUAUUACAACACAUGUCUCAGGCAUAAUUCAUAAUCAUUUCAUCUAAUAAAUUUCUCUAAUGUAGGCCCAGCUUUGGGCCAAUUAACUCCUCAGUCGUCUGGUUCCUAUCACCACCACUGUAAACCUGUCUGACUUGGUAAGUUUCUCUAGAACGGAGAAUCUCACACCAAACCACUCUGAAUGACUUUGUUUACACCUCGGCCAUUAAAUUAUACUGAAAUUUUGAAAAAGUCGGUGGAAUUCCCCUUCGGAAGCGCCCCACAAAGGCAGCAAUACAAGCCUGCGUGUGUGUGCCGUUGUAGUGCUGUGCAUGCGCCACUGGGCGAGUCUCGGCUCGGCUGUCUCCGUAACUCUCCUUUUUCUCCACGAAAAAAAGGGAGAGAGGGGAGAGUUGGGGCGGAGGGGCCGCCAUUAUCGGGAAGCUGGAAAAAGCCCACCGCUCACCCACAUGCAGCCCUGCAACACGGCCAGGCGUCCCGGAGCGCUCCUGCAUCUCAUGGUCCGGACUCGGCUAUGAAGCGGCAUCACUGCGGCUCGGCGGAAAGUCAGCGGCGCACACGGCUGUCUGAAAUCAGCUCGUUAUUACGGCCACAACAAAGGACAGCAUAACUGGUCCAGAGCAACGUGGUAAGGCCGGAGGAGGAAGCUGAGAUGCGUUUUCCCCUCUACAUGGAAACGAGCAGCAGAUGACCAACGACGGACAUUCCCGAUUUGCUGGCCGUCGCUGCGGGGUUGAUGGAUUUUUGUCAGCUAACGUUAACGUUGUUGCUAUGAAGCUACGUUAACGUGACUGGAUAGAAGAGAGCAGCAGGUUAACCUGAGGCAGCGUAUCUGUUGAAAAGCGUCGCUCAGAUCCACCAAGGCCACCAGAACAGUGUCGCUGAAGGUCCCUUAGCAGCUGAAAUAAACGACUUCGGCGAGUUUAGUUGUCAUUUUCAUCGCCUUCUGCACCGAACCCGGCUCUCUCCGUUGGCCUGGGCUGGGAGGAGGGAUUGGAAAGGGAAAGGGAAGGAAAGAAGGACGGACGGACGCAGCAAUGGAUCGCUAAAAGGCAUCCAGUCCACACAUUUGAUACUUACAAUCAAGCCUUGUCAUCACCAUUGCAGACUUGUAUCCCAGUUCCUCAGUAAUAUGGGCAAAAAACAUGCAACCUUGGUUAUUUUGAUGAAAAGGAAUGUUUGAACUAUCAAAUAAAACUGAGACAAAUGUGAUCGAGCAAAAGGGAUCUACGUAUUUCGCUUUAUGGACACGUGUCAGAGAGUCAGCCUGUGUCAACCUUUGUGGCAUGGCAAGAUGAGUGCCUGCAUACGAUGAUGGCCAAAAAGCAAGAUUCGCGAGCGCCCACCUACAACCUGGUUGUUGUUGGUCUGUCGGGCACUGAGAAAGAAAAAGGCCAAUGUGGAGUUGGGAAAUCUUGCCUUUGUAAUCGCUUCGUCCGCCCUAGCGCAGAUGACUUUCAUCUUGAUCACACGUCAGUGUUAAGCACCAGCGAUUUUGGUGGUCGAGUUGUCAACAAUGACCAUUUCUUGUUCUGGGGAGAGGUGGAACGAGCUUUGGAAGAUGGCACCGAGUGCAGGAUGCAUGUUGUCGAGCAGACCGAGUUUAUUGAUGACCAGACAUUUCAGCCACAUCGUAGCACAGCGUUACAGCCUUACAUCAAAAGAGCUGCAUCCACAAAACUGGCAUCUGCAGAAAAACUCAUGUAUUUCUGCACUGACCAGUUGGGGCUGGAACAGGACUUUGAGCAAAAACAAAUGCCCGAAGGGAAGCUGCAGGUUGAUGGCUUUCUUCUGUGUGUUGAUGUAAGUCGAGGGAUGAACCGCAACUUUGAUGACCAAAUGAAGUUCGUCACCAACCUGUAUAAUCACCUAGGCAAGACAAAAAAGCCUGUUGUGCUGGUUCUGACCAAGUGUGAUGAAGGUGUGGAGCGAUACAUUAAAGACUCUCACACAUUUGCUAUCACUAAGAAGAACUUGCAGGUUGUUGAGACAUCGGCUCGGUCUAAUGUCAAUGUGGACUUAGCUUUCCUUACCCUGAUUCAACUCAUCGAUAAGGGGAGGGGCAAGCCUAAGAUAAUACCUUAUUUUGAGGCACUGAAGCAUCAGAGUCAACUAAUUGCCACUGCAAAGGAUCGCUAUGAAUGGCUGGUGAACCACAUAGUGAAGAAUCACAACGAGACAUGGCCCAACGUCAGCAGACGCAUGCAGACAGCACCAGAAUACAAAGAAUACGUCUUUUUAGAAGGUACAGCUAAAGCAAAAAAGCUUUUCCAGCAGCAUAUUCAUCGACUUAAACAGGAGCACAUUGAGAGACGUCGUAAGGGCUACUUAAGUACUCUACCCUUGGCCUUGAGUUCCUUAGUAUCUGAACUAGAUGAAAUUGAACAUUUGAGCUGGUCUGGGGUACAGAAGGUGCUUGAGUCCAAAAAGGACUUUGACCAUUGGUUUGUUGUGCUAGAGGACGCACCAUGGGAGGACACACCGCAUCUUGACAAUAUGGAAGAUGAGCGCAUUCCCUUUGAUGUGCUGGACACGACUGCAGCAGAAAUCAUCUUUGAUGCACACCUCGAACAUCUGCGCAACGAGAGCAGGCGUGCCGAGAUGCGACAUGAGUUUAAGAUGAAACUGGCAUCUUCACCCUUUGUCACACCUGGGAAGCCAUGGGAAGAGGCACGCAGCUUCAUUAUGAAUGAAGACUUCUACCAGUGGCUGGAGGAACCCGAAUACUUGGACAUCUACAACAGGCAUCAGAAGGUGAUCAUUGACAGGGCAAAGGAGGAUUUCCAGGAACUUCUGCUAGAGUAUUCUGAGCUUUUCUAUGAACUUGAAGUGGAUGCCAAGCCAAGUAAGGAAAAGAUGGGAGCAAUUCAGGAAGUACUUGGGGAAGAACAGCGUUUCAAGGCUUUGCAGAAACUGCAGGCAGAAAGAGAUGCUUUGGUAUUGAAGCACAUCCAUUUUGUUUAUCAUCCAACCAAGGAUACCUGCCCUAGCUGCCCACACUGUGUCGACAACAAGAUUGAGCAAACUUUGGCCUUAUGCUUCCCUACACGUUACCCAUCCUUUGGAAAGUCUCACUUGAAUGACAGCAAAGCAGAUAGGAUCAACCUUGUCAUCUUGGGAAAAGAUGGUUUAGCAAGAGAGCUAGCUAAUGAGAUUCGAGCUUUGUGUACCAACGAUGACCGCUAUGUGCUUGAAGGUAAACUAUAUGAGCUAAUACUUAGACCCAUUGAGGGCAAUGUGAGGCUUCCUGUCAACUCCUUCCAUACAGCCACAUUUACACCUCAUGGGUGCCUGUGUUUGUACAAUUCCAAGGAAUCUUUGUCUUACGUUGUGGAAAGCAUCGAGAAGUUGCGCGAGUCUACGCUUGGCAGGAGAGAAAACCACAUAGCACAACUUCCCCUCUCUCUCUUGUUAGUCACUAAAAGAGGUGUGGGAGCAUUGAGUGACAUUGGUGGGGAGACUGCCCAAACCCUAAUCUCUCAGGGUCAGCAGGUUGCUAUAAAACUACAGUGUAACUUUUUGGAACCUGCGUCUCCUGGCUCGGGCUAUGGGCGUAAUGUGAAUGAAAGACAGAUAAACCAGGUCCUAAAGUGUCUUCUGGACUCAAGGAGGAAUGCUGUAUUCCGCAGCAGUUCCCCACCCCCACCACCUCUGCCUCCAAGUAUCAGAGAUUUGCAGCAGGACCAGAGUCCAGAGGCAGACUUGCGUAUCGUCAUGUGCCUAAUGUGCGGAGACUCCUAUGAUGUAGAUCAACUUCUUGCGCCCUUCUUGCUGCCUCAGCAUUGCAGGCCAACCUCUCCCCAUUCCAGUGGUACUUCAGUGCUUCUGGAGCAAACAGUCAGUGGUCAUAGACAGACAAUUGAGCUGUCCCUACUGUCAUAUCAUGCCUCUUUUACCAUGCGCAAGAGUCGGCUGGUACAUGGGUAUGUAGCCGUUUACUCUGCUCGUCGUAAGGCCUCAUUUGAAACCUUGUGUGCCUUCCUCUGUGAGGUUUCGGACAUCAUUCCAGUCCAGCUGAUAGCUGUGGGAGAAACCCAGGCAGAGCUCACAGACUCUGACUUUGCGCGAGAGCUGCUGACCCAGGGUGAGGAUCUGGCCCAUGAAAUCGAGGGUCGUUUUGCCAGCGUGAUCUGUGGACCAGGUGGAGUUGUUGGAGGACUACACAGAGUAGACCUUUUACAACCAUUCUUCAUGGAGGUCUUAGAGAAGAAGACCCUUGUAGAGGCCACUCAUAUGUACGAUAAUGUCGCAGAAGCCUGUAGCGUGAAUGAGAAUGUGUAUUCACCCCAGUGUGGUUCCCCUAGCCCUGUCACAAUGCUGUUAGAUUCUGAGGAGGACAUGGAAGCCUCCCCGCCUUACCACGAUGGCACCCUCACCUCUCAUAGUGGAUUUAGAUUGCCUGACCUCGAUUCAGGUGACACAUUCUCUGUCAUCUCUGAACUUACCACCUUUGAGAACAAGCUGAACAACAAAGUCCCUCUACAGGUGAGGCCCAGACCCAGUGUCACUUUUGACCUCAGAAAGCACAACUUUAACCCCUACACAGACCCAGUCAGCCAUCGGCGAUCCCUUACCUCCAAUGUGACCUGGCCUCCUGGUGGGGACGGAAUCUAUGAUCCUUCAGACUAUGCUGAGCCAAUGGACGCAGUUUCCAAGCCUCGACCCAGCCACGAAGAGAGCAUCUAUUCAGUGCCACAUGACAGCACACAGGGUAAGAUAAUCACGAUCCGGAAUUCCAACAGGAUGCAUUCUAAUGGAGGAGGCAAUGGCUCUGACAGCGAAGGGGAUGGCAGCUCUUUGGAGCGUCGACGCAAGUUCUCUACGGCAGGUGUGAAGCCACGGCUGUAUCGGGAUCGUUCCAAACGUCUGGGCAAGUUCAGUAACUUCCGCACCAGUUUUUCCAUCGGUAGUGACGAUGAGCUUGGCGUCCUUCCAAAGACAAAGGAGGAUGAAGUGACGGUGCUGAAGGGAGAAUCACUUAUUGAGGAAGGCGAAGAUCCCAAGAAAAGAAACAUUCUGAGGAGCCUUCGGCGACCAGGCAAAAAAGCCAGACCAAAGCCUCGACACUCAAUCUCUAAACCUCUGGAAAGUACUUAUUUUGGGGUGCCUUUGGUUAGUGUUGUGUCUCCUGACAGACCCAUACCACUGUUCAUCGACAAAUGUAUCCGCUUCAUUGAGGCCACAGGUUUGACUACAGAGGGUAUUUACAGAGUCAGUGGGAACAAGGCUGAGAUGGAAAGCAUGCAGAGACAGUUUGAGCAGGAUCAUGGCCUGGACCUAGUAGAGAAGGACUUCACAAUAAACACAGUCGCAGGAGCGCUAAAAAGCUUUUUCUCCGAGCUGCCUGAGCCACUGGUCCCAUACAGUGCACAAGUAGAGCUGGUGGAGGCUUUCAAGAUAAAUGAUCGAGAGCAGAGGCUGCAGACCAUGAAGGACGUGCUGAGAAGGUUUCCCCGCGAGAACUACGAAGUCUUCAAACAUGUCAUGAGCCACCUGAACAAGGUCAGUCAGUGGAACAGGGUGAACCUAAUGACCAGUGAGAACCUGUCCAUCUGUUUCUGGCCCACGCUGAUGCGACCCGACUUCACCACCAUGGAUGCCCUGACGGCCACGCGCACCUACCAGACAAUCAUUGAGUCUUUCAUCCACCAGUGCGCGUUCUUCUUCUACAACCAGGCCCCUGCCGAAUCCCCCACGGGACCCUUUGGGGCUCCGGGACCGCUGGUGCCCUCCGCUCUGCCCCCAUCACCCACUGCCGCCCCAUCUUGUGUCCCCCCGCCUUCACACUUUAGUCCCCUGCUGCAGUCUCCCCCCAACUCGCCCCCCCAAAGCCCCCACACUGUCCCACCAGAGCCACAGACACUGUGAGGCAGGGAACGUGUAGACACACACACACACCCUUAAUCGUUUACUUUUUACUUGCCUAUCGCCGAUGUGUUUGCAGACGUACUCAUUACUCAUAUCCCUCAUGCAUGCACACGCCGCAGUCUUUACACAGGCACUUGAAAACACAGUACAUAUAUUUAGGUCGGUGUUGCAUGUGGUAAUUGGAUACAGUGCUGCAGUGCUGUACUGAGUUAGUGAAUGAUUUGCACACUCUUGAAACAAAAGCGUGCUGUUGAUGCCGGGCGUACACUACAUAGUUCAGAAAAUCCUAACCAGUGGUCAGAAAUGGAAGCAGUUUUACAGACUUUCUUGCCUUUUUGUUGGGAGGGCAUACAAAAUAAGCUUAAGUAGGCAAAAUACUCACAGCCCAGGACUUGUGAACAUUUUCAUUCAUUAAAAUCAAAAAAUGUUUAAAAUUGUAUGUUCUCGGCUCUCAAGUGGUGCACCUGUCUACGCGUUGGCCCUGUCAUCAGGAGAUCACGAGUUCGAUCCCUGGUGACGGUACAGCCAUCCAUGGACAGGAGUCCAAGAGAGCACAAUUGGCCUUGCUCUC